GAACAUAGCCGGUUCGUAAGUUGUAUACGUGUAACAACACAGCCGGUUCGUAUCAACUAAAUAAAAAGGGCUUGUUCAUAACGAACUGAGGCGACGACCUCCAUUAACGUUCACCUCCACAAAUGGCCGCCAUAUUAGCUCGCAAGUCCAUCUCUGCUCUUCGCUACCGUCAGCUCGCUGUGUCAGGACAAGCGUUGCAGGGCUCUAAUAUUCGUGAGAUGGUAUCUGGUGCACGCUCGUUUGCAACCAAACACUCCUUUUCUACUGAUAAAGACGACGAAGAAAGAGAGAAGCUUGCAAAGGAGAUCUCAAAAGACUGGAGUUCUGUUUUUGAGCGGAGCAUUAAUACACUAUUUCUGACUGAACUGGUUCGAGGUCUGUCUCUAACGCUCAAAUACUUCUUUGAGCCCAAAGUUACUAUUAACUAUCCAUUUGAAAAGGGUCCUUUGAGCCCUCGUUUUCGAGGAGAACAUGCACUCAGGCGUUAUCCAACCGGAGAGGAGCGUUGUAUUGCUUGCAAACUUUGUGAAGCUAUAUGCCCAGCUCAAGCUAUCACUAUUGAAGCUGAGGAACGAGAAGAUGGGAGCCGUAGAACAACGAGGUAUGAUAUUGACAUGACAAAGUGUAUCUAUUGUGGAUUUUGCCAAGAGGCGUGUCCGGUUGAUGCAAUUGUUGAAGGGCCCAACUUUGAGUUUGCUACCGAGACUCAUGAGGAGCUUUUAUAUGACAAGGAGAAAUUGCUUGAAAAUGGGGACAGGUGGGAAACCGAGAUAGCUGAGAAUCUAAGAUCAGAGAGCUUAUAUCGUUAACGGUUAAACAGUGUUUGCCUUCAUAAUGUUGUUAUUAGAAUAAAUAAACUGAAGGCGAUUCUGCAAUGUGUUUUGAUCAUGCCCUGUAAGAUCUACAUGCAUUGAGGCUCUAGAAGUUUCUAUGUUAAAUUGUUCAUCGUCGAUGAUAAUAAAGACUGCUGUGGCUUUUUUAAGAUCCAUGUGAUAUACAAUCAUACGGACGUCACUGCUCUCUUUUCGUGUUACUGUGAAGGUAUGAUGAUCCAUUGAUGCUUUCAAGAUAAUUCCAGAUAUUGUGACUUGAGUUUUCUACUGCUUGAAAAGUUGUUCUUUAUGUCUUCCAUAAUAUAAACUGAGCACAUUAUGUUCAAGAUUAUUGCAUCUUCUUUAUUCAUGUUUUACUUUCAAGUU